AUGGGGUUUGCCGGUGUGUUUAUAGCAGUAGUAAAAUUAUUUGAUGAUAGGACUGGUCGUGUUGUUGAGAUUGAGGAGAAGAGGGAGCUGCGAGAUGAGGAGUAUGUUCGAGAAGAGGAUGUUGAGGGGAGGAUCCAUGAUGUUGGACGUAUUUGUGGUCUGGUUGGUGGUGGAUAUGUUAGUGGAUUUCUAUUCGUAGCGGAUUUAAUCAUUAAUGAAGAGGCAUCGUACCGGAUAUUAGGACCAGAAAAGAUGUCUCACGCAAAUCCCACACCCGUCCCACCAACACAGAUCCUUUCGUCACGUCCCAUCUCUCAAUCCGCCGCCCUCGACUUCCUAAAAGCCUACCUCGACCGUGCCGCCAAUGACCCUUCUCUUCAACCAAGUGCCAUGAUCACCGAACAUGGCCCAGCCUCACGCACAACAGCCGCCGCUCCAAAUCUGACGCUACACAACCUCAAACGAAUCCAGGCAGGUCUUGCGGGCGAAAUCUUGGGCCGCGAUUUAUCAUUGAGUACCACAGCCGCCGAGACAACGCAAUCACGAACACCAAAGAAAUCAAAGGGCGAUAAAACUGGUGCUGGCGAUGAGAGAAAACAAGAAGAGCAAUGGGAAGAUAGAGAGAAAUGGGAGUUGGAACAAGGGCAGGGUCUUGGUGGUGAGGAGGAUGGCACGGAGUUGCUUAAUACUACGACUGGGGAGGAGAUUGAAGUUGAUGAGGAUGGGAUGCCGGUUACAGGUGUGAUUGAUAAAGAGGAGCGAAAGCGUAGGAAGAAAGAGAGGAGACAGGCUGAGAAGAAGGCUAGAAAGCAGCAGGCAAGGGAAGCUGGUGAGGAAGAGAUGGAGAUGAGUGAAUAG